CCCAUCGGUCCUAUGUAAGAGAUAUUUGAUGGAAGGUGGGACGAAGCAGAGGUUGUCAGGCUGUGGAGUCGGGACAUCAGCUGAGCUGGAGAGAAGAGGGAAACGCUAGCAAGCUAGCUUUCGUGACCAACAGUUACAACGGCACAGUGACUUUUAUCACCACAUAUCCAGCUGGUUCGCUCACCAUGGCCACGAAUGGUAACAAUUUAACGGCAGGGAUGGGAGAAAUCAUCCAGCUAAACGUCGGUGGGACAAGGUUCAGCACCUCCAGACAGACUCUGAUGUGGAUCCCAGACUCUUUCUUCUCAAGUUUGCUGAGUGGAAGAAUAUCCACUCUUCGGGAUGAAACUGGAGCUAUAUUUAUUGACAGAGACCCUACAGCUUUUGCACCAAUUUUGAAUUUCCUCCGAACCAAAGAAUUGGACCUACGGGGCGUCAACAUCAGCAUUCUGCGGCAUGAAGCUGAGUUUUACGGGAUCACCCCUUUAGUACGGCGCUUGCUGCUGUGUGAGGAACUGGACCGCUCAUCAUGUGGCAGCGUUCUCUUCCAUGGUUACCUGCCGCCCCCAGCCAUCCCUGCCCGGAAGUCAAGCCCCGCCUCAGCAGCGUCUGGCUCUGGCUCCGGCUCCUCCUCCUCCGACGAGCGGCCGGGUCCAUGUGGAGCAGAAGGUUUCACCCGUGUUGGACCCCCUCCUCACCCCUCCCUCAAUGGCCCACCUGGAACAGAUGAUAAUCAUAAACUGGGUCCUGUGGUUGACCCUAGGAAGGUGCUAAUAAUAGCAGGACAUCACAACUGGAUAGUAGCAGCUUACGCACACUUUGUCAUCUGCUACAGGAUAAAGGAAUCUUCUGGAUGGCAGCAGGUGUUCUCCUCUCCCUACCUUGACUGGACCAUUGAACGCAUCGCACUUAAUGCCAAGGUGGUGGGUGGACCGCAUGGAGACAAAGACAAGAUGGUGGCAGCCGCCUCAGAAAGCAACAUCAUCCUCUGGAGCAUCCAAGAUGGAGGCAGUGGCAAUGAGAUCGGUGUCUUCAGCCUUGGCGUACCUGUGGAUGAUCUCUUCUUCAUCGGAAACCAGCUGGUGGCUACGAGCCACACGGGGAAGGUUGGGGUUUGGAAUGCUGUUACACAGCACUGGCAGGUUCAAGAUGUUGUUCCCAUUACCAGCUGUGACACAGCAGGAUCCUUCCUAUUACUGGGUUGCAACAAUGGCUCCAUCUACUACAUAGACAUGCAAAAGUUUCCACUGAGGAUGAAGGACAAUGAUCUUCUGGUGACGGAGCUUUAUCAUGACCCUUCAAAUGAUGCCAUCACUGCGCUGUCUGUCUACCUCACACCUAAAACCAGUGUGAGUGGAAACUGGAUAGAGAUAGCCUAUGGGACCAGUAGUGGUGCAGUGAGGGUGAUCGUGCAACACCCAGAGACUGUAGGGUCAGGUCCACAGCUCUUCCAGACGUUUACCGUGCACAGGAGCCCUGUGACGAAGAUCAUGUUGUCUGAGAAACAUCUGGUAUCAGUGUGUGCGGAUAACAACCACGUUCGGACGUGGACGGUGACCCGGUUCAGAGGGAUGAUCUCCACCCAGCCAGGCUCCACUCCUCUGGCCUCCUUCAAAAUACUGUCCCUGGAGGAAACAGAGAGCCACGGGAGCUAUUGUUCAGGGAAUGAUAUAGGUCCAUUUGGAGAGAGAGACGACCAGCAAGUUUUCAUUCAGAAGGUCAUCCCCAUCACCAACAAACUGUUUGUGAGGCUCUCAUCUACUGGUAAAAGAAUCUGUGAGGUGCAGUCAGUGGAUGGGACCACCAUCUCUUGCUUCAUGGUACGGGAGUGUGAGGGUUCCAGCCGGAUGGGGUCCCGACCUCGGCGCUACCUGUUCACUGGCCAUGGCAACGGCAGUAUCCAAAUGUGGGACCUGACGACUGCGAUGGACACUGCUAACAAAGGAGAGGAGAGGAAGAAAGAUGACGUCGGUGGACCUACAGAGGAGGAAUUGUUGCAGCUGUUGGACCAGUGUGACCUGAGCACCUCUCGCUGUGCCACACCAAACAUUAGCCCCGCCCCCUCAGUGCUUCACCACACACGCCUCCGAGAAUCCUGCUCCAGUCUCCAGUUACAGCCUCAGGAGACCAUUCCUGAGAGCCAGGCCACUUAUGGAGCUGUGCGACCCUACAGAGAGAGUCCCCUGCUGGCCCGUGCCCGACGAACUGAAUCCUUUCACAGCUACCGAGACUUCCAGAACUUCAGCCUUAGUCGAGGAGUCUUGGACAGCACAGGUCAGACAGCAGCCCAGAGUGCCAGCCAGACCCUCGACACCCGCCGUUCACUCUGUGACUUUGGGCCCGAGGAGACUGAGAGGAGGGCCUCAGCCAUGGAGCUUUGGGCUUGUCGAAGCAUCGGUGCAAGCUCGAACAACAAUAUCGGAGGUUUGACUGCUGCUGGUGUUCACGGCCCGAAGGCAGAAAGCAGCCAAGAGCCCCCACGGCAACCCCCAGACAGCCCGAUCCCUGGAGGUGACGUCAGGAGAAAGGUGCAUCCACAGCCGGAGGAGGGAGAGGGUGUAGGACCCGGCGCAGACGCAGCGAAGGCAGAGGGAAGUGUGAGGAAGAGAGGAGUACUAGAAGGAGGCUUUCUGGGUAGGAAGAGAGCUCCCCCAGUCCCUCACCUCUCCUCUGUCCCCUCUGGAUCGGAGGGUGGUGGCAGCGACUCCUCUGCCACUGCCUCUCCCUCCCCAACCAAACUGGGUUCCUCCACCUCGCCACGACACAAGAAGCUCCCCUCUGAGUCAUCUAAUCAGGACAGCAGCCUGUGACUUUUACAACGUACCCACCCACUUUCUUUUGAUCCCAUCAGCGGAAUCAUCUCAGAGACGUCCUCUAGGUGCAGGUAUACAGGGGUGUGUUGUUGCUGCCUGUUUUGUUGAAGCACAAAAUGUUAGUCCACUUAAUGAAAUCCAUUCACUCAUCAAGGUUCAUCAAAAAGAAAAAAAAUCUGAUAGCACAGCACUAGUAACAGAAUGAGGAGUGCUUUAUCUAGCCUGAUAUCUUAAAACAGCUUCAAAAUGAAGGUGAACAAAGGCACAUCUUGUUCUUUUAUCAGAUAUUAUUAUUAUUAUUAUUAUGUUCAGUGUUUUAGAUUACUGUUAUUCUGGUAGGAACUUGACUUCUACACAUCUACAUUUCAAACUGAAUUCACUCAAAGUAACUCCAUACAUUUGUGAAACAGAUCAGGCGCCUUUCAAACACAGAAUUCACAAUGAUAUCAAGUUGCUCUGACAUUAUGUGCAACCUGUCGCUCUUUAACUGACCUUAAACAUGUUACCCCUUUGCCAGAAACCUGGCAGCUACUUGAAUCCUCAUCUGUACUUUGCUGCAGCCAGAGACACGGCAGUUAUUGUUGUUCAAGCAAUGACACUAAAAGCUAUUAGUCAGCAAGCAGUAAAGUCAGUAUAUAGCAGUAAAACCUUUUCUGGGUUUGUUGUUCAAACAGCUCAAUGACAACUAUGCAACAGUGGAAUUAAGAUGCACAACAGACACUAAAACACUCUGUGGUUUCUACAGUACAUGAAGGCUUCAGGAUUGCCGUAUCUUAGCCUGCAAGAACAGUGAAUCAUCAUGUGAAUGUGUCUCACUUCAUUAGUUACAAGCCAAUUACAUUAUUCAUUUAUUCUCACACUAAUGAUAGCAAGCAGCAGCAGCACCAGCCUCGCUUCUCCUCGGAAAAAGGCACAAAAGUCAGACCUGUAGUCAGCAACAUGACAUGCAGUGAAUUAUAACACACGUUGUUGAGGCAUUUUCAUAAAAACAUGUUUAUGUGAAUUUGAAUUUGAGGGAAGUUUCUUCAAGCCAUUUAAAAACUCAAUUCACACCAACAGCAGCAGAUCAACCUUAAUCUACAGAGCAUUUACACAGAAACACCACCUGUUUUUAAUGCAGUUUGUUUAUAUCCACUCCAGUUUUUUUUUUUUUCACAGUGGUGCCUGCAAGAUCACACUAAUUAUAAUUUAUUUUUUUACAGUAUCGCAAUAUCACUACACUCAGCUCGACACAAGUACCUACACUACAUUACUUUUACUUAUUCUCCUUUCUAAUGUGUCUGGUUUUGUUUUGGAUGACUGUUGCAGUGCCUUAUUUAACUGGUUUGACGGUUAUCAGCCUGUUUGUGUGCUUUUAAAAAGGAAAGGAUUCUGACCAAAGGCUCGUGAAGAUUGAUCUCAUUGUGGAGCUGGACCUGUUCACUCUGGCUCUGCGUAGAACUGUCUUAUGAUAGAUUUACAACAGGCCAGAUUAGACUUCAUGACUGUGAGGCAGAUCAUUGAUGAGUGGUCACUUGAAAUGAUAGGCAGCAAGCAGAUAUUACAUGAUGAAUAUGGAUUGUUAAUUGUAAACACUAGACUAUAACUGGAGAGUCCAUCCUCUUUCCCAACAACUUGAGAACUCGUACCUGUAGCUUCUUUCUACAGCAGUCUGACAUGAAUCAACACAGAUGCUGCCAAGCAUACAGAGGUAAAACAUGAGUGUACCUUAUGUAAUAAACAUUAUAUAGUUUCGAUGGGCUAAACAGAUCAGACAGCUAAAAGUAAAAUGGCAGCAAUGUUGAUUAUUAUCUACAGUUUCUGAGCAAAACCUGAUUCUGUACUAUUUGAAUCUACCAAAUCCUCUGCGAGAUUUCCACAGACUGGAACAACCAGGCCAGCGCUUGACCUACGGUACUUUUUCAGAGCCAGAGGUAUUUUGGUGAUACCGUGCUGUAAAAAUGUGUGUGACACAAACAGACUGAAGGUAAAUAGAGAGGUUGUUCUAAAAUGUUGAUUAUCAUUUGCCAAACGCAGCAGCUAUGUAACAUAUUUUAAGUUGUUUUUAGCACCUUGCUUAUUUGUUUCAAAAAGAUAACUGACCGCGUGGUCCAUGCCUGUACAGAGAUGUAAAUUUUGAUACAAUAAUGAACUGUACGGAGAGUAUACAUAUUCAAAACAAAAUCCUAAUCUGGAUGCAUUGAUGUCUGUGAUGCUUUGUUGACACUUACACUGUUGUCCAUUACAUAUUGUUGAUAAUCAUAUAAAGCCUAUGUUGAUGCUAUUGGACCUAACUGCAUUUGCACUUGCACUAUUAAGACUAAUAUUAUUAAGUUACUUGCUAAUGUUUAUUUUAUACAAAACAAUAUAAAGUGUAUUUAGGCACAUACAGUCUGUCUGUUUAUAUCUGUUACUUGUCAUUCAGUUCCUCUCUGGCUAUGUUUACAUUAUAGUCCAGCCAGAUGCUGAUGUGAGCAAAAAGGAAUACAUAUCUGUUUGUUUAAACUGCUCUGAACAUCAUUGUUUUUCUUUGUGUAUGUUAAAAAUACUGCAUUAUGUUGUGAUAUUAUUUACUGUUGCCUACAGUGCUGGCCCAUGAUCAAAUAUAAUGUCAAGAUUGAAUGAUGUACUUUCAGUGUUCAUGCAAUUUAAAAGUUGUUCAAACUUG